AUCUCUCCUCUGUAUUUGCAUAUGAAGUUGCUCUCUUGAUGCGAAUAUGCGUCAACAAUGAACUAAGAACAUUUCUGCAAGCGUAAGAACCUUGACCUCCUCAUUAUUCUCCGCCACGAAGUUCAUUGAAAAGAGACAUUGUUUCUUUAAGAUUGCACUUGCAGUCAUCAGUGCGUCUGUCCAUUGUUGGGGGAACAGAAAGCGAGUUGAGGUUGAUAUACGGGGGCCGGAGACCAGUUGCGCAUAUCAUCAGCAGACCAGCUGCAGUGCAGGCAGCAAACAGUAACCGACAAGUCCUCGAACGCAACAUCCAGACAUGGGUUGCUAUGAUUGCUGUAUGCGCUGUUUGGGUGGGGUGCCAUACUGCUCCCUGGUCGCCACACUGCUGUGUUUCUCUGGCAUUGCCCUCUUCUGCGGUUGUGGGCACCAGGCACUCACAGAGACGGAAAGACUCAUCGAGACCUACUUUGCUCGUAACAUUCAGGACUACAUCACCCUUGCCUACAUCAUCCAAUAUUUCCAGUAUGUCAUCUAUGGUUUGGCCUCCUUUUUCUUCCUCUACUGCAUCGUGCUGUUGGCGGAGGGCUUCUACACCACAAGUGCUGCCAAGCAAACCUUUGGAGAGUUCAGGAGCACCAUGUGUGGCCGCUGCCUCAGCUCCUCGUUUAUUGUAAUGACAUACGUACUAGCUGUGCUGUGGCUGCUGGUGUUUGCCUUCUCUGCCCUGCCUGUCUACUUCUUCUACAACAUGGAUGCCACCUGCCACACCAUUGACGUUCUGACUGAGACCCCAGCGAGUAUCAACCAGCUCUGUGUGGAUGCAAGGCAAUAUGGUCUCCUUCCUUGGAACGCAGUGCCAGGGAAAGCGUGUGGUAUGACUCUCUCCAAUGUUUGCAAGACCAGAGAAUACCAGAUGACCUAUGACCUCUACAUUGCUGCCUUCGCUGGUGCUGGCAUUACUCUCUUGGCUCUGGUGCACUGUGCCCUGCACUUGGCUGUGAACCAGGUCUACCAAAGGAAGCUGAGGCACGGUGAGAGAGAGGAGAGAAGAGGCUAUGAUCUGUAUGGGAGGCUUCAGCGGGAUAGAGGGGGUACACUUUGCUCCCCAUACCCUGCAAACACAUUUGACAUCUCCUGACAGCACCUCCGGUGCUGCUGCAAGAGCUUUUCAUGACGAUCAACCCCAUUAAGCAUUUUACACAUUCAAGUGAAGUUUACCACUUUGAUAGUAUUUGGUUAAUUGAUUCCCUUCAUUCAUUCUAUGUUUUCAUUAAAAAAUCACGUGUUCACAUCUAAAGUAGUGAAAUGGUACAAAUGCAGCUAGGUGCCUUGACUGUUCAAUACUUUAUUAUUGUAUAACAUUCUGACAAAUGUCUAUAGAGUCUUUACUUUGUGUAUAUUUCCUUCAAGACAGAGAUGUAGUUUGAAAGGCAUACAUAAUGUUUUUUCUUCUGACUUCACAGUAUGCGGUGCAUGCUUACUAUCCUUUUUAAUGAAGAGGAAAUAAACUGUGUUCACCAUCUCAAGGGUUCUCACACAUACUUGGUCCUUCAAUCACAUCUAAGGUCUUGUGUGAAGAAAAUAUAAACAAGGAGAAUUUUGGGAUUACAUUUCAAGAUGUGUGGUUUGAGAACUUGCUAAGAAAUAUAAUAUGCUGCAUUUGAACACUGCUGUUUAUAAAAGUGCAAACAUUGAGGCAACAUUUUACUUCAUGUGAAAUGACUGUUGAAGGUGGAGAGCUGAGGUAAAUUAAUUGAUUUGAGUGACCUAUUUAAGUAUUAAAAUAGUUUAAAGUUUUUGUUUUUCCAAACGUGAAAGCUAUUUCUAAAGCCACAUACUGUACUUUCAUGAAUUUUCAAGGCAAGAGCACAAAGUACCACACAAACACAAAGGUAGUGUCUCCAUUUGGUAUGUUGCAUGAUUUAUUUGUAGCCAAGCAUGGGAGAGUAUUUGCUGUUUUGCCAACAUGUUAGCAGGCCAGCCUUUUCCUUGGUAGUGCAAAAAGAGGAGAGCGGGAAGUUGUCCAUCAGAUGAACACAUAAUCGAGAUGAAUAGCCUGACUUUCAAACAGCUUGAAUCACACUCAUGGGUUUGAGCACUGAGGCAGAGACAGACGUUCAGUGUCAUUUUGUACAUCAUUAGGUAAUGAAUGCCCUUUGCAAUUUACAUAAGCUCAUUCAUUUGGACAGUCCAAAGAAAUGUGUUUAACAUUCAUAAAUAUUACAGUAACAAUAUUAUUACAUAAAAAAAAGAACCACAAAACAAGACCGUUGCAGUGAGAUAAGACAGCAUCAUGAGAGCAACAUACUGUCGAGUUAUGCUACCAGCUUCUGAGUACCCACUGAUUCUCAGGUCAGUUACAUUUCAGUUAAAGACUGUGGUUACAAUUUGAACAGGAUAAAACCUGAAAGGUGAAGUGAAGACAAAGUAAUCUGUUUAACGCAGAAACAUUAACACUGACAAAUGAUAAGCUAACAGCUAGCACUUUUGCUUUGAGUGCAUGAACGCUACCAGUUUGAUUUAGUUAAAAUGCCACAAGAAUACAGUUAAUAAGGUUUCUCUCAUACUGCUACUACUAGUGCUCAACUCACCUUUACAGUAUUAGGUGUUUUAAUUCAAUGUAAUAAGUAAAUAUGACCGUACCCAAUUCUGU